UGACUGCGGAGGGGCAGCCCCGGCUGCCAGGGUCAAUGUACAACUGCCGUGCCAGGGGCCCACCCAGCGAGUUAAUCAGUGACUGGGGGGCAGCCUAUGGCCGGCUAUAAGGCCCGAGGGCCAUUAGCCGCGGGGCACUGCCAGACACCUUCCGAGGCAGCCGGGACGUGCAGGCAGCGCUGAUCUCAGCCGAGGAGGAUGGAGCCUGGUGCCGUGUUGAUCACGGGCUGCCUUCUUCUCCUCCUCUUCCUCCUCCUCUUCCGAGCCUCAGCGGGCCAGGGCCCCGGGCGUCUCCCCCCGGGGCCAGCACCCCUGCCCGUGCUGGGGAACCUGACUCAGAACGUCCUCCCACUCUAUCAAUCCUACCGCCGGCUCUGCCAGAAGUACGGCCCCAUCUUCACUGUCUGGCUGGGCCCGAGGCCCACGGUGGUGCUGUGCGGGUACGAGGUGGUGCACGACGCCUUGGUGGAACACAGCGAGGAAUUCAGCGGCCGGGCGCCCGUCCCCUUGGAGCAGCAGCUGAACCAGGGGUAUGGAUUAGUUAACACCAACGGCGAGCGCUGGAGGCAGCUGCGUCGGUUCACCCUCACCACCCUCCGGGACUUGGGCAUGGGCAAGAGGCUGCUGGAGCAGCGAGUGCAGGAGGAGGCGCAGCACCUCACCCAAGCUGUGGCUGAGAAACAAGGGCGCGCGUUCGACCCAGUGCCUGACCUCACCCGGGCCACCGCCAACGUCAUCUGCUCCAUGGUGAUGGGGACCCGAUUCAACAGUGACAACGAGACAUUCCAGGAGCUCCAGCGUCUCAUCAUGUCCUACAUGUGCUACUUCCGCUCCCUCCCAGCGCAGCUGUACAAUACCUUCCCGGGUAUCAUGCACUUCCUGCCCGGCCAGCACCAGCGGAUCUUCAGGGAACAGGAGCGCCUCAAAGCCUUCAUCCAGGCCCAGGUGGUGUCCCACCGGCACAACCUGGACCCCAGUGCCCCCCACGACCUCAUCGACUGCUUCCUCCUGCAGCAGGCCAAGGAGCGAGGGAAGGAGCAGACGGAGUUUGAGGAUGAGAACCUGACGGCGCUGGUCAACAGCCUGUUCAUCGCCGGCGUGGAGACCACCAGCAACACCAUCCAGUUUGCCUUGCUGGUGCUCGGCAAGUUCCCGGACAUGCAAGCGCGGGUACAUGGGGAGCUGGACAGGGAGGUUGGCAGGGCCCGGCCUCCCGCCCUGGAGGACCGGCUACGGCUGCCCUACACCAACGCCGUGCUGCAUGAACUCCAGCGCUACGUCGACCUGGUGCCCAUGAGCCUGCCGCACGCCACCACCCGCCCCACCCCCUUCAGGGGGUACCUCAUCCCGCAGGGUACGACCAUCAUCCCUCUCCUAGCCUCGGUGCACUUCGACCCAGCCAGCUGGGAGACCCCAGAGGAUUUUAACCCAGGUCAUUUCUUAGAUGAGAAUGGAGCAUUCAGGAAGAGAGACACGGCCAUGCCCUUCUCUGCAGGGAAGCGCGUGUGUCCCGGGGAAGGGCUGGCCAAGGCAGAGAUCUUCCUGUUUAUAACCACCCUGCUGCAGAGCUUCACCCUGGAGCUGCUCGUGGACCCUGGAGCCAUCGACUUGGCCUCGCUGCGGAGGGCUUUCCGUGGCCAGGGCCUCUCCUAUGAGCUCCGUGCCGUCCCACGCCCAGCGUAGAGCGGGGCAGAGAGGGAAGGAGCCAGACCCAGGUGUCUUCCAUGCUGGGGUCAACCUGGAGUCACAUCAGUGCCCUCUGGGCCAGCUCCUGAUCUCAUUUACACUGUGGUGCACAUCCAGAGUAACUCUCCUUUCACGCCAGUGCUCCUGGGGCCAGAUCCUGAUCUCAUUUACACUGUGGUGCACAUCCAGAGUAACUGUCCUUUCACACCAGUGCUCCUGGGGCCAGAUCUGGAUUUCAUUUACACUGUGGUGCACAUCCAGAGUAAUUCUUCUUUCACACCAAUGCUCCUGGGGCCAGAUCCUGACCUCAUUUACACUGUGGGGUAAAUACUCCGCUGACUUCACUGGAGCAGGAGCCAGAAUGGAACUGCAGUUACAGGCGAGUGUAAAUCUGGAACCCCUUCCUGGAUGGCAGCGGAGUCACUCCGGAGUGGCUGAGAUCAGAAUCUGCCUUCAUGAAUUCAGAUCUACAUACCCAUGAUGCACAAGCCAGCACGCAGCUGGGCCAUAGUGCUGUGGGGCCCAGUUGUUCAGGGCUGGAUCCUGGACCCCUGAGUUCUAGUCCUGUCCCUACCACUGGCCUGCUUGGGCAAGUCACAUCUCAGUUCUGUGCCUCAGUUUCCCCUCCUUAAUAAUUAACUAACCCCAAUGAUAAUUAACCUUGGCACUGCUGGGCUGCGGUCAGCAUGUUUGAACUUGCUUUUCCUAGUGCUGAAUUCUUCUGGAUGUGUUUCCCCAAGAGCUGUCCUCAGCGCUUGGCCAUGGUUUCUCUGUCUCACGCACGCUGUCUGCCUGUACCUCGCUUGUAGAAAUGCCCUGGGGGUGUUUCUCAGAAUUGCAGCUCACCGCGCUUCC